GCAGGUCUCUCGCACAGCAAGAAGUUAACGUUGAGGUCCAGAGGUUGGCGCUGUUGCCUCACAGCAAGAAGUUUACUGGUUCGUGUCCCCCAGCAAGGCAGGUGUAGAGUGAGCAUGGUAUUAGGGGGUAUAAGGUGUGACUCAGAACCGUCAGGCUGUGGCAGAGUGAUUGAAGGGCACAAUUAUCAAGAAUCUUGGCCUUGGCACGCCGUUAUUACCCAUGAGGACGGCAGCCAGUGCUCAGGGUCCCUAAUUAACCCUGGCAUAGUGCUGACAAGUUACGACUGUGGAUCUGAAGCGGUUAAAAACAUAACUCUGGGACACGUGAACAUGUCAGAUCCUUCCAGCGACUUCCAGGAAUCAAGGACUGUCUUCCUCAACUAUUGCAAUGACAAUUUGACACUUAUCACUGGUGUUCCCGACAUACUUCCAUGUCUUCUGUAUCUGUCACAAGCUGUGAAUGUUACGGACUCCGUAUAUCCUAUCUGCUUAGCAACAGCCGACAUCACUCUCCGCACCGGGAUGGAAAGCUGGGUCCCUAGCGGUUCCCCUUCUGGAGGCAUUGAGGAAGUACAGGUAAUUGGAAACAAUAAGUGCUCAAUUCCUGGACUUAAGGAGAAUGAGAUAUGUGCUGGACCAAUACAGAGCACUGGAUCAGAUGAACUACUGGGUGCAUGUCAGGAUGGUUCAGGGGCGGCACUGGUGACCCUUAUCAAUUCUACCUGGACCCAGAUUGGCAUUGUCAAAUCUGGUCAAAGCUGCCCCCGACAUAAAAACAUCACCUCUUACGUCCGUGUCUCUAGUCUUUUUCGCAACGAUAUAGCUACCACCACCACAAACAGCGACUUCAUGUUUCAAAUAAAUGACACAUCCCCCGACUGUGCAUACCCACAAUAUUGUGACAGUGUAUUUGAUAGUGGUGUUAGCAUGAUGACCUCUUCCCCCUUCAUCUUACUCUGUGUUUUGGCUCUUUCACUCUACUCCACGUAUUGGUAACAGAUAAAUAAAUGCGUGAGAGCACUCAGCUUUAAGUUCUUAGUGUUUAACUCACAGGGUUUCAUUAAGCACAUUCUCAUUUUUAUGUGGUAAAAAGGGAAGUAAAAUUAAUAAACUCAAUAUAUCAAAUCAACCAUGUGCAUCUUUAAAUAAACUAUAACUUCACAUGUUGCUUGAUACUAUAAUCUUCCUGACAUCUUUGGUGCAAGGUUUUCAGCGUGGGUGGAGGUCAUAUAUGUGUCAUAUAUUGCUAUGAAAUGUUAGAGGCCUGUCAGAGCACUGGAGACAAAUGUUGGCCUUCUCACUAAAUAUACUGUUGGUUUCUCAGAGUUUAUAAUGUGUAUUUUAUUUUGAGAGUUGAUCACAUGUUCAGGUUUUGUGUAAAAUCCACAUAAAUGAAAUAAACUCCUGGGCUGCACGGUGGUGCAGUGGGUAGCGC